GACAAGGCACAUGCGGAGCCAUUCUUCACUCAUUCAUUCCUACCCCCUGAAGAUAGAACACAGCUACUUUCCACGAUAAACGUGAGUUAAGGAACAGAUGUGCAGACAGUGAAGCAUAAAAAAGAAUGAGCAGGAGGAAGAGGAGGAUGACUAGGAGGCAGUGGAGCUCCUGCAGCAGCAAACGAAGCUACUCUCCAUUUAUUUACGAACAGCACAACAAAAUCCUCUGUGACUGUGCCACAUGUAAAAAUGGCAUGGCUGAAAAAGAAGCAGAUUCCUUCCAAAUGGAAUCUUCCAUCGUGGAAUCAGAUGAAGGGGGUGAGAAAGAGGCUGAUAUUCUAUUCAAGGAGAAACAAUUCAGAAGAAACAAUUAUGGGGAAACAUUUAAGAAGAGAAGGAGAGCUAGCAUUUCAGCAGCUGGGAAUCGAGAAAGAGGACUGGAGAUUAUAACCUCUGUGAUGGUAAAUGGCAGGAAAGUAUCGAGGAUAGUUUUCCGGCAAUCCCAGGACUCAACAUGCAGGAGUCAAGUCCAUGGAAAAAUGGCUGUCACCACCACCAAGGUGAAGUACACCGGACGCCGUGUGAAAGUUGAAGCAAAAGGAAUCUUGCGUUCCAGUAAAUCGAAAUUUGAGACCUUUGAUACCUUCACAAUGCAUAGAGGAAGGAGACAGAGGAACAAAGCUUCUUCUACAAAACAUUGGGAGAGAUGUUCCACACCAGACGAUAACAAGCUUCCCAAUGUUUACUCACCAAGCCAAAGCUCUACAACAGGUAGCUGUAGUACAGCCAAUGAGAAGUACCAAUUCCGGCGUGUAGAAAGAGACCAUGAUAUGGGGAAGGACAUAGUUGGCUCAAAUUACAACGAGGAAAUUGUUUGCUGCAAAAGUUGCUGUGAUGAUGAUAAACUUUAUGACCAUCACCCCAUGCUACCAGAAGGGAUUCUCAGUACAUGCUCUGUGUCUGAAGUCUACACUCAAGAAAAUCAAUCCCCAACCAAUGUGACGUGUCCCCAGGCACUCUCUGAUACUUCCCCUCCCCAGGAGUUUGCGGAUGGAGACCGCAGCUCACUGGAGGAUCUCACGCAGGAGAUAGCUUCUUGUCACAUCAGCUCCGACGAUACGUUUCACAGGCAGGUGGAAAUGCACCUCCACAUACCUGAGAAUGAAAUUAUCUCUAGACAUUUCUCCGUACAGGACUUCUCCAGUGGAACAUUAUUUCAUCAACUUUCUCUAUUGGACACUUAUUGGCCUUUGUUCAUGAAACCCAAAAUGGUCAUCAGAAGAUCAAGUUUUGACAAAGAUUUUAUCCUUAACUAUGAAGGGAAGUGUUCAGUGAGAAAUAAUAGUACUGGAAUUCUAGAAGCCAAAUCAAGAAUCUCAUAUUACUUAAGCAAGCACUUCAAGAGAAGCAAAACCUUUCCAGGAAGUGAAGAUUCUUCUAAAAGAAGGAAGGAUUAUUUACCUCUUCACACAGAGUCGUUUUCCUCUGAAAUCCUCUCUCCCUUUUUCAUGCAGUCUCUACAGCUCCAAGCAAUGACGGCAUCAGCACAGGUUGAUGUGGAGGAUGAAAGACCAUUUAUUUUUCACACUGUGAGACGUAAGUCCUCUGAAAUCAGCAUCAGCCAUUUUGAGAGCAAUAGCCCACCUCCAUACAUUUCAUCUUAUAGACAAACCAGAAACCCAUAUUAUCCCUCUAAAGUUGGUUCAAGUUAUGAAAAUGAUGCUCAGCACUGCAAAAUGCCAAAUGAAAAUAUGGUGGCAUUGAACAUGACCUUCGGGGAUAAUGUACACAUGAAAGAGUCAUCUCUGGAUAAGCACAGGACAGGAUCUCUAGACCAGACUGAUGGAUUUGAUCAAGAGACAUUAGAGGCUGAAGAGGUAUCUACCGAAGAACCUAUGAUGAAGGAUUUGCUUAUACAUGUCACACCUUCUUCAAGCACCUCCCAGGACCUUCUAUGUAAAGAUGGCACAGUUCUAUCAAAACCUCCUUGGCUGUUAGCCAACAAGAGCAGUUCACUUGUAAAGAAUAGAAGUAGUUCGGUGAUUACAAUAAUAACUGGGGGUUCUGAACAACGGCAUCUUCAUAAUGAUGCUAAACCAGCAGAUGUUUCAGAACCAGGAAUACAUCAGAACUUUUUCAGCACUGUUCAUGAAAGGUCCUCAGCUUCACCAGUACCACACAUGGAAGACAAGGAGAACAAUAAUGAUGCAGUUCAUGAAGUCAGUCUCCCUCUUCAAUGCAGUUCACCCCCUACUGGUACAAACUCAGCAGUCCAGAUCCUGUUGGAGACUCUUGAGGUGGACAGUUUGUCAGCAGAUGAAACCAACACCACAGCAGCAAUAGACAGUGGAGGCUUUGAGAGGAGAACCAGUAUUAAUGCAGAGAAGGAAGAAUCUGUGACUUUGACAGAGAUAACUUGUUCCAUUGUUGGCCCACAGGAUAAAUUAUCCACAAAUAACAAAUCUGAGAUGUGGAAAACUGAUCCAGACGAGAAACAAACUUUUGCAACAACUUAUGUGGAUGGGAAGGUUGAUGCGUUAGAGCACCUGAGACCCCCAGAACCUGCUCUGAAAGACAUAGAAGAGGCCCGAGACCGGUGGGCAAAGAGACGGAAACUCUUUAAGGAGAGCAAACAGUGGAGCUCAGCUGGAGGGAGCUCCGUCACCAGCAACAUCACCGAGGAGUCAGUUAACUCAGAGGACACUCACUCUGUGGACCUGAAUAUGCGGGAUAUCGAAGACAGGGGCUUCUACACUGAGACCUUCCAUUCUGCAUCGUGGAUGUACUGUGGAGAUGAGGCCCACUCUGAUAAUGACCCUGGUUGCCUCAGAAAGCGACCACGGCCUGUUACAAUUCGAGAAAGGACAGUUAGAAUCAGCAAAGGGACGGGCGAGUACCCUUGGGGAUUCCGAAUUCAGUUCUCCAAACCUAUCGUGGUCACAGAAGUCGACACAAAUGGUGCUGCAGAAGAAGCCGGACUCCAAGUAGGAGAUUACGUCUUGUCUGUGAAUGGGACUGAUGUGAGUAGUGUACCACACUCUGAGGCUGCUGAGUUAGCUAGAAGAGGAUACCGCAACACUAGACUGUCUACUGUAUGA